AUGUCUUGGAAGUUUGCCUUGGAACCGUAUAUCAAAAAUCCUGGAGGGUUUGAGAGUGACGAAGUGAUCUUUUAUGAUGAUAAAGUGGUAAUAAUUCGCGAUAAGUUCGCUAAGUCUGUGUGUCAUUUGUUGGUGCUGAUACGGGAUCCUCAGCUAACAAGACAACACCCAACAACUGCGCUCACUUUAAAAGUCCAGAAUGACCUGGAUCAGUAUAUCGAUAGGGCACAGGACUAUGCUUAUAAAGAUUUCACUAGCCGGUAUAAACCAUUGAAACUAGAUCCGUUCUUCGGGAGCGAUGAUGAAUUCAACGAUAAAUACUCAUUUAUCGACAGUUUUAUUCAAGUUGGAGUCCAUAGCGUGCCUUCUAUGGCUAAUUUACACAUUCAUGUGAUGACCAAAGAUCUGAAUUCGGAUAGACUCAAGAAUAAGAAGCAUUAUAAUUCUUUUACUACGGACUUCUUUGUAAAUUGGGACAAGUUGCCGCUAGACCAAGUACCAGAUCCUAAAGCAACUGAAGAACAAUAUUUGAAGAAUCACGAUUUAAUCUGUCAAUAUUGUAGUCAAAAUUUCAGUAAUAAGUUUGCUAAAUUGAGACAACACUUGACCCAAGAGUUCGAUCAGCAUUUCAGAGCUGUUUAA